CCCUCGGGGCGCGCGAGGAUAGCAAAUGAAGCAGAUUGGGGAAAACGCGGCGGCAGCAGGAGGAGGAGGAGGAGGAGGGGGCAUAUCUUCAAGUUGGCUCUCCGGAGUCGCACCGCUCUCCUGCUGUGCAGUCAGAGCUCUACACCGGACCGGUAUACGGAGGAGGAGGUGAACCGCAGCGACCGAGCAAAGAUGCAGGCGGAGGACAUGGAGGUACCUUUCAUUAAUAACCUUAACGAUAACGGCGACAGGCAGAGGCCGAAAGGGAAAGAUGUGUUCAAGGACCAGCAGAAGGAGUCGGAGAGCUCCAUGGAGUCUCCAAACCUGGAGUUUGAAUAUGGAGACACAGACACACUCACUGCUGAACUCUCAGAACUCUACAGUUACACAGAGGAGCCAGAGUUCGCCUUAAACAGAGACUACUUCGAGGAGGAUUUUAGGACCCAUUCUGGGGGCCGGAGGUGGACUGAGCUGACUGUGGACGAGCAGAGGGCUUAUGUCAUGAGGCUCCUGGAUGCCCUGGAGGUGACAGACAGAGAUAAGAGGCUGAAGGUGGCCAGGGCCAUCCUCUACCUGGCGCAAGGAGUGUUUGAUGAGUGCGACACAGAGGGAGACGUGCUCCACUGGUCCCGGCAUAACGUCUUCCUCCUCUACGACAUGGGCAUCUUCACGGCACUGCUGGAACUGCUCAGCAUGGAAAUAGAUAACAACCAGGCGUGCAGCAGUGCAGUGAGGAAGCCGGCCAUCUCCCUCGCAGACAGCACAGAGCUCAGAGUUUUACUGAGUAUAAUGUACCUGAUGGUGGAGACCAUUAGAGUCCAAACAGAGGAUGACCAACCAGAGUGGAGAGCAGCCAGGGAGGCCUUCAAGACCGAGUUAGGCUCCCCUCUGUACAGUGGAGAGCCCUUUGCGUUGCUCCUCUUCACCAUGGUGACCAAGUUCUGCAGCAUGAACGCGCCUCACUUCCCCAUGAAGAAGGUCCUGCUGCUUCUGUGGAAGACAUUACUGUUCACAAUGGGGGGGUUCCAGGAGCUGCAGGAGAUGAAGGUGCGAUCCCGGGAACGUCUCAAUCUGCCCCCGCUCCCAGAGGACAGCAUCAAGGUGGUCCGAGCCAUGAGGGCGGCCUCGCCGCCAGCCACCGCCAUGGAGCUCAUUGAGCAGCAGCAGCAGCAGAAGAGAGGCCGCCGCAGCCGCAGGAGUGCCUUUGUUGAUAGCUUGGAAGGAGACAGUCCCUUUCUCAAGAAGCAGCCUCUGGUCAAGCAGGACAGCUUGGACACGUACAAUGAGCGGGAUCCCUUCAAGAACGACGAUGCCCGCGACGAGGAGGAUGACCCAGAGGACACGGACAGCGGGAUCGAGGGGGAAGUGGACCCACUGGACCGGGACGUCAUCAUUCAGCCUACUCCACCUCCCCCUCCACUGAAACCCCCAACAGAGAGGGUUAACUUUCCCAAAGGCCUUCCCUGGGCCCCUAAAGUCAGGGAGAAAGACAUCGAGCACUUCCUGGAGACCAGCAGGAACAAGUUCAUCGGCUUCACUCUGGGAAAUGACACAGAGACUCUGGUGGGCUUGCCCAGACCCAUCCAUGAGAGCGUCAAGACCUUAAAGCAGCACAAGUAUGUUUCUAUUGCUGAAGUCCAGAUCAAGAGAGAAGAGGAGCUGCAGCAGUGUCCCCUGACUCUGGGCGAAGAGGAGGUGGAGGAGACACCAGCGGAAAUAUUAUACGUGGGAAUGCUUCCUAACCUGUCACAGUACGUGAUCGCCCUCCUGAAGCUGCUGCUGGCUGCAGCUCCAACCUCCAAAGCCAAAACAGACUCCAUCAACAUCCUGGCAGAUGUGUUGCCUGAAGAGAUGCCUAUCACAGUCCUUCAGAGCAUGAAGCUGGGCAUUGACGUCAAUCGUCACAAGGAAAUCAUCGUGAAGGCCAUCUCUGCUCUGCUGCUGCUGCUCCUCAAACACUUCAAACUCAACCACAUCUACCAGUUUGAGAUUGUUUCUCAGCACCUGGUGUUUGCCAACUGCAUCCCACUCAUCCUCAAGUUCUUCAACCAGAACAUCAUGUCCUACAUCAGCGCCAAAAACAGUAUAUGUGUGCUGGACUUUCCUCAUUGUGUCGUCCAUGAGAUGCCAGAGCUCACAGCCGAGAGCCUGGAAGCGGGAGACGCCAACCAGUUCUGCUGGAGGAACCUUUUUUCUUGUAUAAAUCUGCUGAGGAUCCUUAACAAACUGACCAAGUGGAAACACUCCAGGACCAUGAUGUUGGUUGUUUUCAAAUCGGCCCCCAUUCUGAAGAGGGCUCUGAAGGUGAAGCAGGCCAUGAUGCAGCUGUACGUCCUGAAGCUGCUGAAGAUCCAGACCAAGUACCUGGGUCGCCAGUGGAGGAAGAGCAACAUGAAGACCAUGUCUGCCAUCUAUCAGAAAGUCCGCCACAGACUCAACGACGACUGGGCGUACGGGAACGAUAUUGACGCUCGGCCGUGGGACUUCCAGGCGGAGGAGUGCGCCCUACGCGAGAGCAUCGAGAGAUUCAGCAGCCGCCGCUAUGACAGGAACAAAAACGGCGACUUCACGCCGGUGGACAACUGCCUGCAGAGCGUGCUCGGCCAGCGGGUGGAGCUGCCGGAGGACUUCCACUACAGCUACGAGAUGUGGCUGGAGAGGGAGGUGUUCUCGCAGCCCAUCCAGUGGGAGGGGCUUCUGCAGGACCCGAAACCCUGAGAAACCUGAGGCUCCAGGUGUGCUCUGUCUGUGCAGAUGGGAACGAGGUUGGGGGGGGACUUUUGACGCAAAUCUUUGCCUACGACUACUGUGAAGAAACUAAGCGCAGAAGUAGCAGAUCUAAAAAAGAAAACCAGGCCCAAACUUCCUCCACCCUCCUUAAAUUCCCACUCCUUUUGAUCUUUUCUAAAAGCGUUCCCAGUGGUCUCUUAAUUAGGAUUAUGCCGCUUUUAGCCAAAAUCCAAACCUCUGCUGCUUUUCUAGAACAUAGUUUCUGCAGAGCAGCAAGAGUUCAUUAAAAAUUGGCCUAUGAGUUGUGGGCGGGACCAUUGGAGCGGACUAAGGCCCUUCCCUUCCCUUUCCGAUUGCUGAGAGCUCUCUGUUUAUACGCUCUCCAGCUAGCUUACAUCCCCUCACACCUCCAUCAUAACAUUAGCGGUACGACAAAAAUGGCGAGCAAUAGGAAAUCGAAGACUUACAAGGAUCUAUUUGUCUGGAAGUGGAUGCAUCAAAAAGAGGCAGAGCAUGGAGCUUGAGACCCGCCCAGCGUAUUCUCUACAUCAGUGGUCCCCAACCUUUUUUAGUGCCACGGCCCGGUAUGACGUCACACAAAGUUUUCAGGGGCCGGUCUUGGUUUUUUUUCAAUAAACUUUAUUGCACAUUUUUCAAUUUAACGGACCGGUCUUUAAGAUGUUGGCGGAGGAUUACUGUAGCAACGCCACGCAGAUGGAGGAACAGAUAUGUGACAACACAAACCCCGAGGUUUAAUUUUGACACGCAUGGAUAGAACGUCGCACAGGUGUCAUCAUCCUCUCCCCUUCCCACACUCAUGGUGCAAAAAAGAAGUAGAAGUAGCUUUCUAUUUUUUGAAGUCGAAGGCUCCUCUUCUGUCUCCUGGCUGGGCGUUUUCCCCUUGGCAAAGAAACUUUCCAAAGUCGUUUGUUUCAUACUCAUUUUGCUAGCUCCUUGGU